AUGACGGAGGGAGGAGGCGGAGGGGGCGGAGGCCCAGGCCCAGUGGAGAGACCGUCUGAAAACACGUACACAUCUCGACUGGCUCUCCAACACUGGGCUCAGUCUCCGCUAAAGAAAAAAAAAAAAAAGUAAGAAAAGUUUGUUGGAGCGGCUCGGGCUCCGCGCUGCCACGUGAGGAAAGAGAGAGAGAGAGAGAGACAGAGAAAGACAUACACAGAGAGAGAGACGGAGAGAGAGAGAGACAGACAGAGAAAGACAGACAGAGAGACAGAGACACAGACACACAGAGAGAGACAGAGACACAGGGAGAGAGACGGAGAGAGAGAGAGAGAGAGAGAGAGGGAGGGAGAGAGAGAGACGACCCGUCGAGACGACUUCCUGGAGCGACCUUGUACAGAAAAAAGGGAAAGUCAAAACAAAGACGACCCGCCAUAACCCGUCCGGAGAAAAGUCUCGUGAACGCGAAGAAGGAAGAGCUUAGCAACCGAGUCCCACUUCCUGGUAGAGAAUUUGCAUGAAGGCAACACAACGAGAGUGAAAGUGACAUAGAACAGAGAAGUUGUGAACAGGAGAAAGACUGACCAGCCAAGACGUCGAGGAGCUCCUACCGCUGUCGCGUGGAUGUGGUUAUCGAAACCACUGCAGCCAGAUAUGGGCCACAACUCGCUGGCUAACUUCCAGAUUGAGAAGAAGAUUGGUCGUGGGCAGUUCAGUGAGGUGUACCGGGCGAGGUACCUGCUAGACAACACAUCAGUGGCCCUGAAGAAGGUUCAGAUAUUCGACUUGAUGGAUGCCAAAGCUCGGCAAGAUUGCAUCAAAGAGAUAGAUCUCCUUAAGCAAUUGAACCACCCCAACGUGAUAAAGUACCACGCAUCCUUUAUUGAGGACAAUGAGCUAAACAUAGUCCUGGAGUUAGCGGAUGCUGGGGACCUCUCACGUAUGAUCAAGCACUUUAAGAAGCAGAGGAGGCUCAUCCCAGAGAGAACAGUGUGGAAGUACUUUGUCCAACUCUGCAGUGCGCUUGAACAUAUGCACUCCCGGAGAGUCAUGCACAGAGAUAUCAAGCCAGCCAAUGUAUUCAUCACAGCCACAGGAGUAGUGAAACUAGGAGACUUGGGACUGGGACGAUUCUUCAGCUCCAAAACAACCGCUGCUCAUUCGCUAGUGGGUACUCCUUACUACAUGUCACCAGAGAGGAUACAUGAAAACGGAUACAACUUCAAAUCUGACAUCUGGUCGCUAGGAUGCCUGCUCUAUGAGAUGGCAGCCCUACAGAGCCCGUUCUAUGGGGAUAAGAUGAAUCUUUACUCCCUUUGUAAGAAGAUAGAACAGUGCGACUACCCCCCUCUUCCCUCAGAUCACUACUCAGAGGACCUGAGGAACUUGGUAGAUAUGUGCAUCAACCCCGACCCGGAGAAGAGGCCGGACAUCACCUACGUGUACGACAUCGCCAAACAAAUGCAGAACCUCACACAGGGCAGCUAAACCCAGAGUUACACGCAAACCAGAGUUCCCCCACCCCGCCUCCUCGCUUUUCAUGCUGGACUUGUACACAUCUAUCAGCUUUUAUACAAUAACUUACUCCAGAGUUUAGCUCCUCAUGAUAAGUAGUAACGUGUAACAGAUUUUUAUUUCCAGAGUCAUGGUACAGUACAGUCUACAAACCUGACUGACAUACAAACCAUUUCUGCUCCCAGGAUAAAGGUUAUAGAGAUUAUGAAUUUUUUUUCUUUUGUCGGAAUGACCUCCCAUUCCUUAGACUUGUGUGUGUGUUACAGUGCUGAAAAAUCAGUGUCUGAUGUGUUUGUUGCUGUGGCUUUAAAAAGCGUGUCCGUUGUAUUUUCAUGUAGUGAACUAAAGCCAUUCUUCCACAGAUGCUGUUCAAAGCAGAUUUACUAGAAAAUGCUAAGAAAAAAAAAUCGAGAAAAGAGAGUAAUCUAAGGUGUUGCCUAAUGUCCUCAAACAAUUCAUCAAUGCAAAUAUUAUUAAAAAUGACCUUGUCUUGAUGUGUCCCGUGUGCCCUGUGGUCGGCAAAUGGCACAAAAAUAAGAAGAGACACCACGAAAAGGGUUAAGGACAACAGUAACUCAUGAAGUGUUGUUGUGUUGCACUUUUCAUCCUGAUGAGGGGACGGGCUGCCAGGGUGAUCGUGUCUAAUGAAUGUAAUGGGAAAGGAAGGAUCAUCGAGAGGGUAAGACUUGAGAUGAGCUGGGGGAAGAACAUGGGCAAACGUCUGCACAACACUUUGGAUGUAAGUCGUGUCGACACCCGUGUAUUGUCUCUGAAAAGCUCAGAAUGUCUCUGGGUCUUUUGUUCUUUUUUUCUUGACAGUGAGUGGUAGAAACGGUAACGGAAGCAGUUUUACAUCUUCUGUUUACCUUCGUCACUGACACCAAAAUAUCUCCUCCCUGGUGCAGCUUCAGCAAAAUCUAAUGUCAUUACACAGCACGAGUUCUUCUUCCUCUUCAUGGACGGUAAACAUCACGAUGAAGAGACAAGAAACAAGAAAAAAAAGUUCAAACCGUUUCUUUCCAUCAUGGUCCAGAAGAUCCGUUUGACCCACCGGCUUGUUAAUGUUGCCGUGUCCGCUUGCCGUGCGUGGGCCUCGUUCAGUAACAUUAAUAUGUGAUAUAAAAGACGGCAGAUCCGUGCCCUCGUGUAAUAUUUCAUGAGAAAAUCACAGCGUGCCUCCGUAAAAAACUUCUGUCUUCAGCCGAGACACUAGAGAAGAAAGUCACAGAUGUGAAGAGAGAACAGUUUAUACACGGCAUAUCUUAGAUAUCGUUUAUGAAAAGUUUAUUACGGACAGAAAACACAAAUCAAAGAAACAAGCACCAAUAAGAGUUUUUACUGUACAGUACAUUAUGGAGAAUUUCCUAUGGUUUUAAUACUGUGGGGUUUUAGUGACCCUUCAUCAAUUUGGAGGGAACAGUGAUAUAUAUAUAUAUAUAUAUAUAUAUAUAUAUAUAUAUAUAUAUAUGUAUUAAUAACAGGAUUAGGUUUACAACAGUGGGUCACAAAUGACCUCCACUGACUAUCACUGGUUUACACAAUGAUGGCGAUUAACACGUGAACGGUAUCGUAUGUAAACAAUAAUUGGUAACGCUUUAUUUCAGUGUCUUAUGAAUGCGUCUUUUAACAUGAUCAGAUAAACCUGUUAACUGUUCUGUCGAAUUAUUGUACAUGUAUGUUCUUGUUGUUUCCCCCUUUACUUCAUUAACAUCUGAUACUAUUAACAAAUGUGUUUAAUACAAAGUCAAAGCUUCUAGAUGAAAAUAAGUUAUUUUAUUAUGGUUAACAGAAUAUUUUGAUAGUGUGUUGCUACUAGAGACGUGCAAAUACAGUGUUUGCAAUUUUUGUUGGCAGUUGUCUUUCAUUUUUUUCUUUCAUAUCACCUUUCUCUUCCACAGCAGUCAUUUUGUUUUGUUUUUUUAUUUCAGUUACUAUAUUCAUUUUUCACCUACAGUACUGUUUACUGUUCAUCCCUAUGCGCUCUGAACAAGCCCGUCUGUAUAGCUCCCAAACCUUUCAGUAUUUUGUUCUGAUUUCAGGGGAGUCAUUGCGUUAAAGCACUUUCUAUAAGUUUUGCUUUGCCAUACAGAAUUCGCUUCAGAAAUCGUUUGUAUUUAAAAGCAAAAUACCCCAAAAAUUAUCCUCCAGGGGCUUAAUUGCAAUAUUCAAUUAAGUAUAUUUAACUAAAGCAUCUGCUUUUGCAUUAGCUUGAAAGAUUGAUUUACGUUUACACCCUCUCACAACUUCCGAAGCCACAUAGUCGGUUAUAGUUAUUUUAUCUUUUACACUCCACAUUAGGGGGGUUGUUCUUUACACACAGUGCUAUGUCACUUUAACAGUUACUACGACUAUGUCUUCAUAGGAAGUGUUUUUCUCUCCAUGUGCAGUGCUCUGGUAUGUCCCUAUGUGCUUCUCUGUUCUUUUCCUUUUUUUUUUUACCUCUGCUCACCGUUACUCUACUGCGCACUCCAUCGAGUCCAGGUGGCUUCCCAGAAAGUGAAAUAUUGGCAAUUGAUAUUUAUUGUUCUGGUAGUCUGGUGGUUUUUCUGAGCAUUUCGUGUCAAAUCUGAGAACCAUCAUCACAAAUGCCGUGUAUGCUAACUGAAUGCAAUAAAGCUUUUGAAAUGUU